UAUCUUAAAACUGAUUAAACCCUAAGCAUAAGGCGAAAGUAACUUAGAUAAAGCUUGCAAGAGUUAAACGAAAGAGAGAUAAAAAAGAAAACCCUUCAGUACAUCUAAGAAAUGUUUCCGUUCAACAUAUUAAUAAAUACAUACAUUUCUGAUAUAAAUAUCUUAUCUUAUGUCUAAAGUUUCGUUUUGCGAAAAAGGUGCGGCAAAUAGAACUAACAUUUUACAAGAAAGCAGCAUCUUACCAGAAGUAUAGAUUAAAUUAUAUGUUGUUGUUUUGUAUACGAGCGUCGAUUUUAAAAGAAAAAACGAGAUAAAAUGUAACUAUCUUAGCCAUUAAGUAAUAGAAAGAAGAAAUUUGUUUUUAAAAAUGUUCUAAAAUCAAAGAUAUAUAUAUUAAAAAAAAAAUGGUGAGAAGAAAAUGUCUGAAGUAAGCUAGCGUUUUUUAGCGGUGAGUACUUUAUUUACCAAAGUGGCAUGUUUUUAAAUCAGAAAAGAAUCAUUGUUGUUUGCUAAAGGAAAUAAUAUUUCUGAAAAAAUAUAUCUCCAUGCAUAUUUUGAAGCUGAUAACUUUUUGUUAGAUAAUGCAUGAAAUUAUUUAAAAUUAUUAAGUGCCAAUAUCAAAUGCAGUGCUAAUAUAAUUACACCAGUCUAAAAAUAAUCUCCUCCCUUUUGGCUGCUAUUUUUUGUAUAUAAAAUAAAGUCUCUGAUUUAGAAAUAGAAAUUAAAUCAUAUGUAAUAAUGACAAAACUUGAAAACAUAUUCAUUUAAAUAUCUUAGUACAGAUGAUUUAUUGUCAAAUUGUAUGUAUUUGUGCCCUUUCUGUUACUAAAAAAUAACGAAUUCGAAAGUUCGCUGCAAUAUGGAAGGAUUAAUUUCUAGAAUUCUGUUAACUGUAAUAGUUCUUCUAUUUAUUUCAAGUACUAGCCAAUCUCACUUAUGCCUCACAGAACCAAGAUGUUAUUGUUAUACUUACAAAACUGGCAUUACAAUAAUAUGCAAGUAUGUUGGUGACGUUCAACCAAUAAACAACGUGUUAAAGAAUUAUCCUCGUGUUCACACUUUAAGCCUAUCUGGACAAUACUUGAAAUAUCUCAAGAGCAAGAGCUUUGCAAACCAGUCCAUUGAUAUCUUGGAAAUAUCAGGUCCUCUAGGAAAUAUAGCUGAUGAUGCUUUAGCUUUCAUCAAAAAUUUAGAAAUCGUUAGUUUGAAUGGUACAAUGUUCUCGACCAUUCCAAAAGGAGCAGCUUUGUCCGAUUUCAGAGUUUUAGAAAUGAGUAAUGGCGUCUUAGAAGGCAUCCAUGAUGAGUUGCAUGCUAUGACGACAACUGCUGAUUUUAUGUUCAGUAAUAACAACAUAAGUUACAUUGCAGCAGAUGCUUUCGCGAAUGCAUUCGCGAUGACAAAUCUGGAUUUGUCGCACAAUUCCUUGGAAAUUCUGAACGUCUCAGUAUUCCGGCAAGCAUUCAACCUAAAAAGAUUGAAUCUAGCCUACAAUCGGCUUCUGACUGUGGAUAGAAUACUUAACAACUUAAAUCUAGAGACACUUAACCUUUACGGAAACAACCUGAGUGAUGUGGAUAAUGUGUUUAAUAGAGAAUUAUAUGCUUUGAAAUGGCUUGAUCUUGGUGGAAAUCCUAAUUUGAACCUGAGUAAUUCCACCUUCCAAAAUUCCCAGAAGAAACUUAUGACAUUAGGUCUCAGCAAUAACCAAUUUAUGAGUUUGGAUCCUGAUUUAAUUAAAAACUUAAAUUAUUUACACGAUUUGCAUUUAAAUGGAAAUAAUUUGUCGAAUAUUCCAAAGGAUUUUUUUGCUGGCUCAAAAUAUAUAAGAAAAAUUGUAUUAAGUAGCAACAAUUUCAAAUCAAUGGAUAAUCUUUUAAUCUUUACCACCCCUACUGAGCUACCUAAUUUAGAGUCCAUCGCACUCAAUGAAAAUGAAAUUUCAUCUAUUAAAAUUGAUAGCCAUUACCAACGUAUUCUUUAUUUGAAUUUAAGUGGAAAUCAGGUAGCUGGUAUCAGUGAGAUUGAUUUUAUGAAUUUAACAUCCAUAAAAUAUCUGAAUUUGUCUAGAAAUCCAAUAUCUGAUGUUAAAAUGGGAAGUUUUGAAAGACAACAAAAACUCCAGUCACUUGAUUUGUCAUUUACUAAGAUAAAAACUUUGAACCAGUUUUUGACAAGUUUAAGUAGUUUGAGUUACCUUAGAAUGACUUCUUCCUCACUUCAGUCACUGGAAAACGAAUUUAAAGGUCUUAGAAAUUUAAAAAAAGUAUAUUUGGAUGGCAACAAUAUUAUGUCUGUAACGGAUGCAUUUUUGGACAUCUACAAUUUGACUGCUCUGAAUUUGGCCAGAAAUAAUUUGACAACUCUGAUGAAUGGUUCUUUACCUACAGUUAAGCUCAAAUCUCACUCUUUCCAAAAGUUGUGGCUUGAAGAUAAUCCCCUAUCCUGUGACUGUAGACUGCUUUGGAUGUUAGAAUGGCUGAAAAACAAUAAUUCUAAACUUCAAGACAAUCCACUAUGUCACUCACCUUCCAAUCUCCAUGGCAUUGCAAUAAAAGAUCUAAACGAAACGUUGUUGGUAGAUUGGAAUGAAGACUGUCCUGAAAGUUGCGAAUGCAAGUGUGUUGCUGCCGGUAUAAACAUUUCAACUAAUGUCAACUGUUCCGAUAAAGAACUAACCAACAAACCAAGUGUUUUCCCUAGGAACGCAAAAAGUAUUGAUAUCAGUGAAAAUAAAUUAACAGCUAUAGAAUUUAAUACGGCCGAUUAUCCAGAACUAGAAGUUUUGAACUUAGAGGGUAACAAGCUGACAGACAUACAAGUUGAAUUAUCUUCUUCCAUAGAGAAGCUCUAUUUGUCUCGAAAUAAUUUGACAAAAAUUCCGUAUGAGAACUGGAAAAAUACAACAUUAAGCCAAAUUACUUUAUCUGUGAACCCAUGGAUUUGUGACUGUAAAGCAUGGGACUUCAGACAAUGGUUGUUAAUUCAUAACUCGUCGAUUUUAGACUUACAAGAUAUCAAGUGUGGAGACAAUGGCAGUCUGAAAAAUCAAGUUAUCAUCAAUCUCAACUACGGAAAUUUUUGUCCUGAAAAAUCGGAGAAGGAUACCUAUAUUGUUAUCAUAGCAAUUUUCUCAGUGUUCCUACUGAUGACCUGUUUCAUUCUCUAUUUAUAUCGGAAACUACUCGUAGCUAUCUUCUUUGAAUGUGGAUGCCAAUGCUUAAAGACAGAAGAAGACUAUGAUUAUUCCUUUGAUGCAUUUCUAUUAUUUGCAGAUGAAGAUGAUGAAUUCGCUUUGGGAGUUAUUGAAGAAGGCUUAGAGACUGAUUCCAGAAAAUACCGACUCUUUGUACCUUCCCGACAAGUACUUCUGUCAUCCUCUCCCCUCAGUAUCAAUUCAUCCGUAGCAGACUGUUGUAAAGUUAUAGUUAUUCUAUCUAGCAAUUUUCUACGAAAUUCUCAAUGCAUGCAACUGAUGAAAACGGCUAUGGCUUGCUCAAUCGAAAAAACAGCCCAACGAUUCAUCUUCAUCAUUACGGAUAGCAUACCACCAGAAUUGAAAUUGGAUGCUGUACUGAAUUGUCUAGUGAAGAGGAGCACUUUGAUAAAAUGGGGCGAGUGCCUUUUUUGGACCAAAUUGAAGUUCAGUUUACCCAAAAAGUCAAAAACAGUCACUAGCAAUGAAGAAGAGUCUGAAAGAUUGAUUUAGCGUGAACAUUAAGAAAUCAAUCAUCGUUAUAACAAUUUUUAUGGGUGUGCAAUUUUAAAAAUUUGAGAGUAUUUUUUCAACUUAUUGUUAUUGUAGCAGUAAUCGAAUUUUUAAAGUUUAUCUUUUAUGAGUGAAAUUGAAACACAAUACUCAGCAUCCACAGCAAUAAUCAAUUUAAGAUGCUCCAAUUUAAAGUUUUAUGAUAAAUAAUCGAUUAACUGUUAUAUGAUAAAUAAAUUGAUGUUUUGCGAUAAUUGAUAAAAUGUUGUUAAAGAUAAUGUUGAUUUGUUCAUUUCCUGCAUUGUGUGUCUAAAAUAAAAUUAUGAGAGGUUGAA